CUUAGUGUGCCUUGGAGAGAAGUACGUGUUGUGGAGGGGAUUGUUAAGCCGUUUGCAGCACCCAUCAUGCCCCUUCGAUGUGCCGAAGAGAAGUCUAAGGAUGAAAUUGCUUUGGAGAGCUAAAAUGAGCUCAAUUCAGGACUGGGGUGAAGAGGUAGAGGAAGGAGCAGUUUACCAUGUCACCCUCAAAAGAGUACAGAUCCAACAGGCUGCUAAUAAAGGAGCAAGAUGGCUAGGGGUUGAAGGGGACCAAUUGCCCCCAGGGCACACUGUCAGCCAAUAUGAGACAUGUAAGAUCAGGACAAUAAAAGCUGGUACUCUGGAGAAGCUUGUGGAGAAUCUACUAACAGCUUUUGGGGACAAUGACUUCACCUACAUCAGCAUAUUUCUGUCAACAUACAGGGGCUUUGCAUCUACAAAAGAAGUUCUGGAGCUGCUUCUUGACAGAUAUGGAAACCUGGAGAUCUCAAACUGUGAAGAAGAUGGGAGCCAGAACUCUACCGAGACCAAAACAGUACUCAGGAACGCCAUAGCCUCCAUCUUGAGAGCCUGGCUAGAUCAGUGCUCGGAAGACUUCCAAGAGCCACCCCAUUACCUUUGCUUACAGAAACUCUUGGAUUAUCUGACACGGAUCAUGCCGGGCUCAGACCCAGAAAGAAGGGCACGACACCUGUUGGAACAAUUUCAGAAGCAAGAACUGGUAAAUGACAGUGGGAUUCAUGACAUCUUUGCUGUUGAGGAAAAAAUGGAGAUCAGUGGAUCAGAAGAGUUCUCUUCUUUCCCAGAAGAUCUUGUGGCAGAACAGCUAACGUACAUGGAUGCUAAACUCUUUAAAAGGGUGGUGCCCCAUCACUGUUUGGGCUGCAUCUGGUCCCGGAGGGAUAAGAAAGAAAACAAACACUUGGCACCCACGAUCAGAGCCACCAUUGCACAGUUCAACGCAGUGACCAAAUGUGUCAUCAGAACGAUCUUGAACGGCAAAGAGCUGAAAACACAGCAGCGAGCCAAGAUCAUAGAGAAGUGGAUCAAUAUUGCACAUGAAUGUAGGAUCCUAAAGAAUUUUUCUUCUUUGAGGGCCAUUGUUUCAGCACUACAGUCGAACUCCAUCUAUCGGUUAAAGAAGACUUGGACAUCCGUCGCAAAGGAUAAAAUGUUGAUGUUUGAAGAACUGUCAGAAAUUUUCUCAGAUCACGAUAACUAUUUGACAAGCCGGGAGCUGCUCAUGAAGGAAGGAACAUCUAAAUUUGCAAAUUUGGACAGCAGUGUGAAAGAGAACCAAAAGAGAACUCAGAGGCGGCUUCAACUGCAGAAAGACAUGGGCGUAAUGCAGGGCACUGUUCCUUACCUUGGUACUUUUCUGACUGACUUGACAAUGCUCGACACGGCUCUUCAGGACUAUGUGGAGGGAGGGCUAAUAAACUUUGAGAAGAGAAGGCGGGAGUUUGAAGUAAUCGCUCAGAUUAAGCUCUUGCAAUCUUCCUGUAAUAGCUAUUGCAUGACUUCAGAAAGAAAAUUUAUCCAGUGGUUCAGGAAGCAGCGGCAUUUAACGGAGGAGGAGAGCUAUGCCCUUUCUUGUGAGGUUGAAGCAGCUGUUGACACGACUACCACGUCACCAAAACCUCGGAAGAGCAUGGUGAAGCGCCUAAGCCUGUUAUUUCUGGGUUCUGACAUCAUUACCAAUAGCACCCCUACCAAAGAGCAGCCCAAGUCCACACCAAGUGGGAGCUCUGGCGAAAGCAUGGACUCUGUCAGCGUCUCAUCUUGCGAGUCAAACCACUCUGAGUCCGAGGACAUCUGCAUCACUCCCACUGACACUCCCGACGAGGCCCAGAAGAAACUUUCAGAGUCCUCUUCUUCUUGUUCCUCCAUCCACUCCAUGGACACCUCUUCAUCAGGAGUGUCAUCCUUCACCAACGCUCUCUCAUCUCCUCCUUCGUUGGCCAGCAAUCCCAGAAUCCACAAACGCUCUGUCUCUGUCACCUCCAUUACCUCAACCGUCUCCCCUCCUCUUCACAUUCAACAGAACAAAGACACCUGCAUCAUCCGUAUCAGCGUAGAAGACAACAACGGCAACAUGUACAAGAGCAUUAUGUUGACCAGCCAAGACAAGACUCCAGCUGUCAUCCAGAGGGCGAUGUUGAAGCACAACUUGGAGUCUGAUCCAGCAGAGAAUUAUGAACUCGUGCAGGUCAUCUCUGAGGACAAAGAACUGGUCAUCCCAGACAGUGCCAACGUGUUUUAUGCCAUGAACAGCCAGGUGAGCUUCGACUUCAUCCUGCGGAAGAAGAGCUCCCUCGAUGGCCAGGUGAAACUGAGGAGCCGUUCCAGUUUGACUCUCCCCAGGACCAACAAGAGGGGGUGCUGGAGCAACAGAAACAGUAAAAUCACCCUUUGAGAGUGGGGGACAUGCCGGCACCAAAGAGAUGGGGUUGGAAGACAGCUCCUUAGACCAUCCCAUGUUACGAAGUCUUUGGAAAUGAAUGUUUCAGUAUUAAGCUUUGGGAAUGCAAAGCUAACAUUGUCUAUGAAUAGACACUCAGUGAGACUCAGGCAGCAGACAAAAUGAACCUGAAUGGAGAAGCCGCCUACAGGCACUUUUUUUUUUUUUUUUUUGCACAGCGUCCAAGGAUAUAAGGCCACUUUCUACCAGGAAGAACAAUGCACCUAAACAUACAGCCUUCCCGCUGACUUCUUCAGCGACUCUCAAUCCCAUUUUGUGCCAGUAUUACUUUGGAGUACUUUCCAUUUAUUUAUUUAUUUUAUAAAUGGAAGAAACUGUUGCUGUUAAGUUUCACCUGUAUUUGCUGGAGGGAGAGGAGCGCCAGACUGACCAUUGGCUGAAUGAUAACACUGAUAAGACAGAUGGUGUAGAGGGGCUGAUGGUCCGUUCCCUACCUGCCAGACUGCUACUUUGGGAGAAGUAGCAGAGCUGCUGAAAGCAAGGAUGCGCAUCCCCCUAGAAACACCCCCCCCCAAGCAAUCCAGCUUCAUGUCAUUUUGGUUUUCUAAUCCUGUGAUCCAAGCUGGAAACAUUAAGCAAAAAUGAUCCAGCUGAAUCAUCCAUGCAAGACUGCACACUACUGCUCUCAAUGCCACUACAUUGUUUUCUUUAUGCUUUGCUAUAUCAAAGUGUAUUUCUUUGGAGUAUUUCUUUCCAGGUGCAGAGCUCUUUACCUGUAUUCAGCCAUAUUGGCAUUAUAGCAAACAAUAUUUUAUCUGUUUUAUAGUCAGUCAAAGGAAGAAAAGAAAAAAAAAACCGACCCAUGCUUAGUAGCCAGAAGCAGACAAUUUCACAGAUCUUGUGGGAUUUCUUACAUUAAAAACCUACAGAAGCUCCCUUUUCUUAGAAUUCAUCCUGAAUAAUUUCCUGAGAUGGUACAUCCUUAAAGGAAUAAAGAAUUUAGCCUCCUCUAGAGUUCUGCUCCACCAGACUGCUAUUCUUGGGGAAAUGGGUGGUGGGUUUGGGUGGGUGGGUUUAAAAUUAA